AAAAAAAAAAUAUACAAAUUAAUCAAUAAUAAAAUUUAUAGCUAGUUGCAGCUCUAAUUUACAUACCCAGGGAAUAGUUAUAUAAACUUAUGCCAAAAUACUUUUAUUCACUUGCACACAUAAAUAUAUAAAAGUAUUCAUUUUAAAUCAGGGAUAAAAUUAAGCACAUUACUUCACAUCCAUUCAACAUAAUUUUUUUCUUAAUUGGCAUCUAUGAGGACAUUACUCAGCUGUACCAGAGAAAUAUAUGACAUUAUAUUAUUACACCAUAUGUACACAUAUGUUUGUGCUAGACUUCUUACUUUGUUUGCAUUUACUUUUAGUUCUUAUCUAUUUCCUGCACUGCUGUAACAUGCAAAUUUACUAACUUUUGAAAACUGUAUUUUACAAUAAAACAAGGACAAAAAGUAAUAAUUAAAGAGUAAACAACUUCCAAAUCAUAAAAGAUAAAAUGGGGUUUAAUAAAAGGACAACUUAUCACAAUCGGUUAAUAAAAAAAAAUUCUAUACAGGCUCUUUAACAGCUCAGCUGAAUCUGUUAACACCCACAGAAACAGAAACAGAGUCCCUGCAGCAGAGUCGCUGCUGCAGUUCCCGCUGCUGCCGGACAGCGGCGCUGUUUCCACAGUUGGUGAACUACCUCUUAUUUGGUGAAGGACUAUGUUGUAAAAAUCUUUCAAACUGUUAAUUUUCAGUGAUUCUUUGUCUCUUUUGGAGGUCUGCUCGGUGUUUUUAGGGGCUGUGUGACCGGCUCUCCCUGCGGACGGAGAGGCCGGCCCGGGUCUAACCGUUUCGGGCAGCUGCUCAGCGGUUUUCUGAUCUCUGACGGAGGUUUUACUGCAAACCAAGUUAGCUCAACAGCUAAUCCCAAAAGUCACGUCACCUGUGCGGACUCGAAUUAAAAGUUUCACCCUAAAUCCAGGACAGUCGGGUGAGUUGUAACUGUUUGCCCUUACAAAACUUUGUGUCGAGUGUUUUUACGCAGGAGUCGUAUUUUCUCUGGCUUUUACGCAACCAUAAAAUUUGCGUUUUCAGACAGCAGCAAGUGAGACGCAGCUGCGGGUUUUAAAUGACGCUCGGACCCGCACACAUACUCGGAUAAAGUGUUUUUUCGGAGAGAAAUGCGGUAAAGAGGAGGCAGCUUCGCUGUUCAGCCCGCUGACUCGGCGGCUCUGGGUUUGCUGCUAGUGAGGCCUGCGGGUCGGGCUUCCACCGGGUUUGAGUAGAACCCGACGCCGCCGUCGAAAGGUCGGAGGCCGGCAGUUGGCGCUGCCACCGCCGGGCCUGCGGACCUCGGGAUGGAACGGAUGGAAGUGGACCAGUGCGCAGGCGCAGCUGGCGGGGCAGGAGGCGGGGCUCUCCGCAGGUCUAACAGCGCCCCCAUGAUCACCAGUGUCAGCGAUGGGAUGACGGUCUUCAGUCCCGUGGUCUCGGCUCGAUACAGACGCAGCAGCGUGUCCAUCAACCCCAGCUGUCCUUCACAGCUCGUCCCUCUCUCUCCUUUCUCUCUGACCGGAGACAGACUCGACCACAAGAGGCAGGAGGAGAACAUGGAGAUGACACUCAGAGGGAGUCUGCAGAGACUAAGUGCUUCCAGUCUGAUCCCAGUUCCUCCAGUCAGUCAGUGGCACGAUCACGCAUCUGUGUGGUUCCAGUCGCAGGACAGCGGCAUCACACCCAACUCCUCCCCGAGUCCCACCAGGAGGUUCAGACCAGCAGUUAGCGCCACUGUCAGAUGGCCGGCGUUAACGCCACUCAAGAGGAAAGGAGGGGUGGAGUCCGACGGUCCACCCAAGAAGCUUUUUGUUGCCGGGGUAACAGAUCCCGCCCACCGCAGCAGCUACACAGUGAGCGUCUCUCAGUCGGCGGCAGACUCUCCUCCUGCGGGAGGCGUCAGUCCUCAGUCCAGCCCUCUGUCUCUCUCCCCUCCCCCCUCCUUCACCCCCUUUACCUCCCACCAGCACCCUGGACACUAAACCCA